CCUCCCCCUACCAUCUUACCGUAUCAAUCAAGCCAAAGAAUGUCUGCCAGCAAGUUUGUCAUCACCUUCGAUCCUUCUGCCUCGCAAGAGCAGAUCCAGAAGACGAAGGAUGAUAUCACCAGCAACGGUGGCACUAUCCACAAAGUCAACCCGGCUCAGCCGCCCUUCCCAGAGAGCAUCGUCGUCACAGUCACUCCCUCAGCCUUCUCUCAACUUCAGUCACUCCAAAGCGGAGGCUUGAUUGAGAACCUAGAGCCCGACCAGACGUUCACUACCCAGUGAAUAGAUCAGUCGGAACGAUUGGGAGAUCGUGUAUUAUAUAGCUGUACUGAAUGAGUGUGUGUGCUGCUUUGAAAGCUAUUGCAACGGAGAAACGUGUGUAAAGCCGGGAUGAUAUACUGCAGGCGAUUGUCCAAGAGAUGCGCUAAGGAGUGUAUUGACGAUGACGGAAAAUCGUGAGUCCAUGAACAGAAAUGUAGAUCCGGAGGGUAUGUGACUAGAACCAAAACCUUACGACUUGAAGAUGAAAUCAGGCAGUCAAAGGGGAUGGCCCUAGGGUAUCAACAGAGGAUGGGGAGCUGACGAUAAGCUCAGGCAAGACAGGAGGUUGAGAUGGUAUGGGAGGAGUAGCCUCGGACUCUUGAGAGAAUACAGACUGAGAGGCCUCCGACUGACGAGGUUCCUCCACUGAUGGUUCGUCGGCAGCGGGAGCCGCAGAAAUGUCAGAAAGGUCUGUAUCAGCCUUUGCCUCCUGGACGAUCGGCUUGGGAGGUAGAGGAGGGGGGAAAUCCCAGGGACGAGGUACCAACGCAGCUGGCAUAACCCAAGUAGCCGCGCACACAACACCCUUGCCGCAGUUUUCCUUCUUGAUAGAGUCAAAUUCAAAGUCGAUAAACUGACCAAUGUACCGGACGAAGGGCAGAACUUCGCGGACGCCCUCGUUCAUGAGCGAUAACGCGGUAAGGAAAUUGAUGACUGCGGAGGAGAUGGACUUCGCACUCUCCAGAUAAGAUAGGGUACGUUGAGGAAGUGCAAUCUCGAGGCCCCACCAGUAAGUGAAGAUCGAAAUACGAUCCAACGGAGGAUGUACUACGCUGUGGUCCGGGGUCACAGCUUUCCCGGUCGCAUACCCAAGAGCCAUAAGUUGGGGGGUGAUCUGUUGAAUGCCGCUGAUCACUGUCGCAGCAGUUGGCACCGCGCCUGCGAGGAUUCCUUCGCCAUCUCCAGGUUGGCCGAGGCCUAAGUCCGCAGUAGUGAUAAGGUUGAUGAGGUGCAUGCCUUCAAACAUUGAAGCAACGGAAUUGAUCGAUGCGGUCGCAAUGCUAGGAUAGUCAACGGAGGAAUCGGUACUAGAUUCGUUCAGGCGUUUGAAGUGACGGUCCUGGACUUCAUCGUCGGUACCAUCGAGACAAACGGCGUGAACUGGUUUCGAGAACUGCUCCGGGUCGGUAUCAUCUCCCACAGAACCAUCACCCUUCAAGUCAAAGGCCCUGAGGUGCGUGAUAACUUGAUUGGCGGACUUGGGCUGCAGCAGCAAACCCUUGACACGGCCGACUUCCGUGCGAGAUACGGCUUUGGUGCCCUUGAGACUCUGGCCAGCUGUAGAGCCCACGAUGAGAGAACGGAUGACUACAGCGGACUCCUUGGCGCGCUUGUCUGAGCCUGUCAAUCUGGGUUUGUGAGUUUGCUUAAGAUAAGCUGCAGAGGCCUUGGUUUCCUUUGUGUGUUCCUCAUCUGCUGUCAUCACGUAUUUGCGUGGACUCUUCGGUUCGUUGCUCUUGUUAAGGAAAGUGAAUGAACGGAAAGAGAAGCGACGGCCAUCGGAGUGCUUGCCAUAAGGAUUCUGGGGCUCUGCGGGAGUCAAGGAUGCAGGCGUAUCAGUAGUCGCGCUUGGAGUCGCGCUAGCGGUGGUGGAAGGCGCGAUGCCACCUUCCUCGGAGCCGUGGGUAUUGCCUUGGGGAGCGGCCUCAAGUUCCGUCUUCGGCGGCUCGGCGGCGGCGAGGGCUGGCUCGGAGACGGUUAAAGCAGGUUGAUCUGGGGCCACAGGAGACGAUUGUUGGACCGGAUCAGCCGUUGUCUCUUCUACCUUUUCCGAAGAAACAGCAAACUUUGGCGUCUUGGGGGACUUGGGGGACUUGAGGAAGCUGAGCAUGCCGCCCGUGGAAGAAAAAAUGCGCAGUGGUUGAAGAGGCGACUCAGGGAGGCCAGCUGAGUUCUUUAUACCGUGACAUAAAGGCAGGUAUUGAGACAAGCUUCUUCGUGAGAAUCUUUAAUUUAGUCACAGCGGCGGACGACGACUGUCGAUCGUCUUUGGAACUUGAGUAAAUCUGGCCAAAGAUACCGUCCGCGUCCCGCUCGCUUUUGUCCACACCCAGGACGACAUGUACAGGCUAAUGCGCACGCACACUCUGCGCUACUCCAUCCACAAUCUCCGCCAAUGACCGAAGGACCCGCGGGAACAGAAAGUGUCAGAAUGAGCAAGCCGUCAUGCUAGCCGAUUGUCGCCGAGAAUCCGAGACCCAGAUCAUAUAUACGGCGCUACAAAGUGACUCGCCCCCCAAUACAUUCAAGCAGGACAGCGGAGCCGAAACACUUGCUCACUGGUAUCCCAUUCCGACAGUCGCCUUUCCUGACCCAACCUAUCUCAUGAGCUCUGAGGGGCUUCGCAAAAAGUCUUUUAAAGACAUCGUCAGGCACUUCACUCCAGCAUGGUUCGCUGUCACUAUGGGAACUGGCGCGAUCGCAAUCCUCUUUCACAGUUUUCCUUACGGAAAUGACACGCCAGCGAUGAAAGCCAUGACUUUGGUCUUCUUUUUCCUCAAUCUCGCCCUCUUUACACUUUUUACUAUCAUCAGCAUUACUCGUUAUAUCCUAUUCCCUGACGUGUGGUCGCUCAUGAUCCGCCAUCCGGCCCAAAGCUUAUAUCUAGGCACCUUCCCUAUGGGCGGUGCUACUCUCAUUGUUGUCGCCACGGGAGGUGUAUUCGAGACAUACGGUUUUGGUGGAAGCAAAUUCGUCUACGCGCUUUGGGCAUUUUGGUGGCUUGACGUUGCAAUAUCUUUCAUUUGCUGCUGGGGAGUGAUGCAUGUCAUGAAAACACACCACGAUCACACGCUAAAAUCGAUGACCACCGCUUGGUUGCUGCCCGUCGUUACUCUCAUUGUCGCGUCGUCUACUGGUGGUGUCUUGGCCGGCGCAUUGCAAGAGUACUCACACGACCAUGCAUUUCUAACCGUAGUGGUCUCGGCUUGGAUGGUCACAGUAGGGCUGUCAUUGUCCCUCAUGAUGCUCACGAUCUAUUUACUGCGUCUUAUCGUUCACGGCUACCCUCCUGGCCUUGGGAUUUUGUCCUCUUUCUUGCCUCUCGGGCCAUCUGGCCAAGCAGGAUUCUCGAUACUGACCCUGGGUCAAGCUUUCAAACAAUUGUUGCCGUUGAAAUAUGGACAAUCAACGUUGCUCAAAUCUCCCAGCACACCCGACACGAUUGAGGUAAUCUGUGUCACCAUCGCAUUUGUGUUGUGGGCAUACGCAUCUAUGUGGAUUUUAUUUGCACUGUUGGGACUUCAAGAUGCCAUCCGACAUGGUCGUCUUCCCUUCAAACUCUCGUUUUGGUCCACCAUCUUCCCCAACGGCGUAUACGCAAACCUCACGCUUUCACUUGCGGAAACGUUCGAUUCGAAUUUCUUCCGCAUUUGGGGUGCAAUUUACAGCGUAGCCACCCUCCUGCUGUGGGUUUCAGUUGUCGUCCCGACAGUUAGUCUAGUACCGAGUGGUGUCAUAUUUGAUGCACCUUGCUUAGAAGAAAGACAAACGAAAAUAGGGAAUACACGGGAUUUGAUAAUAGCUGUUGAAGAUCAUUUAGUUUAGAACACUCAUGAUAAUGC